CGCUGGCACAGAUAGGGGGUACAGAACUACAGAUCUGUGGAUGCCACUCGGGCGUCGGACGCCACCUCCACACGAUUGAUCAAAGUCUGGGCCUGUCUCGCAUUUGUGUUUGGGAUCCUCGAGUCUAGACCUGUGGUAUACAUAUAUGUCUAUCGCCUUGCCCUGCCGUUUCCUGGCCUUUGAUCAAAACCAUCCACCACACCCAACUCAAGCCUUCUACACACAACAACCAUGUCGGUCCAACGCAACCCCAAGGACAGCAUGAAGUCCACAUGGCGCACCGCCGACAAGUCCACUUGGAAAUACCACCACUGGCUCUACGAUAUCCUCAAUGUCCACCCAACCGACAUCAACAAGCCGGUUCCCGUAUUCCAGAAGUCCGACAAGAUGCCCUACCUCGCUCACUGGUCAACACAUCGCUGGAUCCUCACGCAUUCCCUGUGGCCCAUCGCCGUGGCCCAGCUCUACACAUAUUACUUCGGCAAGAACAUGCCAGUCAUCGGAGCAUUUGCAUUCUACACCAUCGCGUUCCACAUCAACGCCAUCAACCACAUCUACAUCCUCCGCCGCCUCGGACACAAAUGGGGUUUCCUCGACGGCGACAAGCACGAGCGCGACCAGGUUCCUGACGUGAGCGUCAAGAAGGUUUUCGACUCGCUGUCUUUGACCGCCGUCGUCCGACCAUUGAUCACCAUCUUCCUGGCGUAUCGCAAAAACGUCGCCCCGAUCGAAUCUCUGAGCUGGUGGCUCCCGGUCGAAAUUGGAGUCUAUGGCAUCGUCCUUGAUUUCUUCUUCUACUGGUAUCACCGCGUCAUGCACGAGUACGAAGGACUGUGGAAGUUCCACCGCACGCACCACUUGACCAAGCACCCCAACCCAUUGCUCUCCUUGUACGCCGACACCGAGCAGGAAAUCUUCGACAUUGCCAUCGUGCCGAUUGCGACCUGGGCAACGAUGAAGUUGAUGGGUUUCCCAAUGGGUUUCGGAGACUGGUGGGUGUGCCAUCACUACUUGUUCUUCACCGAACUCUUCGGCCACUCCGGUCUCCGCGUCUUCAGCACGCCCGCGUCAACCAACACCUACUUCCUCCGCUUCUUCAACGCCGAGCUUGCAACUGAGGACCACGACCUCCACCACCGUCAGGGAUGGAAGAAGUCGCACAACUAUGGCAAGCAGACAUUGCUGUGGGACCGCAUCUUUGGGACGGCGGGUGACAGAAUUGAGAUGUCGGAGCAGAAUGUUGAUCGGAGCAAUACGCUUGCCUAUCCUCUGUUCUAA